AUGAACGCACACGUCAACGACGACAAUGACGGCAACGACGAUGAUGUCUUCGAUACACUGGACGAGCCGUCCGAUCACUCACCAGAUGAGGCGAGUGAUUCCGACGACUCCGAUGCUGGUGCUGGGGUCGGUGCUGCUGGGCGUUCGAACAACGCUGCCUCCUCGAUCCGGACUGACGACCACCACCCGCGGGCCCAGCUCCUCGAAGACCUGCAGGGUCAACUCCGUAGCCUCACGCUCGAGGCCGAGACGAUCCUCUCCCGCCAGCCGCGAAGCACGCAGCUCGCCCUGGCGGCCGAGACCAAGAGUCUCUUCGGCGAGUACAAGCAGUAUGGCUCCAUGGCUCGACUCAAAGCCGGGUUGGAGAAGUUUCUGAGGUCAGGCAAUGAGAAAGGGAGAAUCUGCUUUGAGGAAGAGAAGGAGGAGGGAGAAGACGGGAUGACCAAGGAUGGGCAACAAUCUCAAUUUCAACCUCCGUUUCCUUCUCACACCAAAAGAAGACCGGCUCAUUACGGCGAAGCCUUCAUGCUCAACGACACCGCCGACGACGACAAGCCUAAAUUUGACGAGGAGGUCGAUUUUCCCAGCACCACUCGCGCUAGGGAUGCUUCCUCCAGCCGCGACGACCUAGAGGACACAGCGCCGCAGCACAAGUCCUUCCACCAGUUCCGCACGGUCGAUCCUGACUCGGUGCCGUACGUGACGACGCUGCCGUGGGAUCCCAUCGCGACCAAGAUCAGCUGGGCGAACCACGCGCGAUGGCCCAAGGGGCUAUUGGGAAACCUGAACAAGAUUUUCAGUAUUGCCGACGCCGAGGCCCGCGAGCGCCUCUUCCACCACGUGUCCAAAUAUGGACCCGCCCCGAUUUUUCGGGUUGGCCUCGCGCAAUCUCUGAAGAGUGAGUUCGGGACCAUCUUCGAGCCCGCGCAGAAUCAUUACCUGGGCCUCACGCCCGAGACGCGCGCGUUCCUGCGCGGCGUCUACACCCGCGGUGGCGUUGGCGGCGGCGACGGCGGUGGUGGUGGCCACAAGCACCUCAACCUCGCCGAGCGCCGCAUCCUGGCCUCCACGUGCCGCGUCGCAGAGGACUCGGUCCAGAUGUUCUGGGAGGACAUGGCCGAGGCGUUGAAGAGUUACGAGGCAAUGCGCAUCUUCAUGGCCGCCAGAGAGGUCGAACGGAACGACGAGGACAAGCGCGUGCAGAUGGAAAAGCGCCGGGCAGAGGUCAUGAGGGCCCAUGUGGAGCGCUUCAACAGGGAGUUUCGCUCCGGUGCGAGUGCGAUUACAUCCUUUGCCAAUGCGACUGCGAAUCCGAUUCCGAAUCCGAACUUGAACCCCAACGCCGGUGCAAGUUCAGAGGGAGCGAAAGACACACGCACUGUACCUUCCUCACGGCGGUAA